UGUCCAUGGCUGUCGGCGCGGCGGCUCCCACCACUUGACUGCAGCAGGACGCCGGGAGGCAGCGCCGCUCCGCGCCCUUCGGCCGCCGCGACCCGCGGGGCGGCAGCGGGUGGCGGCGGAGAAGGAGGAGGAGGAGGAGGAAGAAGAGGAGGAGGAGGAUGCUGCGCGCCUUGGUGGCGGUGUCCCUGUGGCUGCGGGUGAGCCCGCGAGCGCAGGGCGCGCCGUGCGAGGCGGUGCGCAUCCCCAUGUGCCGCCCCAUGCCAUGGAACAUCACCCGCAUGCCCAACCACCUACACCACAGCACCCAGGAAAACGCCAUCCUCGCCAUCGAGCAGUACGAGGAGCUGGUGGCCACCGGCUGCAGCCCGGUCCUCUCCUUCUUCCUUUGUGCCAUGUACGCCCCUAUCUGCACCCUGGAGUUCCUCUACGACCCCAUCAAGCCGUGCCGCUCCGUCUGCCAGCGCGCCCGCGACGGCUGCGAGCCCAUCAUGCGCCGCUACAACCACAGCUGGCCCGAGAGCCUCGCCUGCGACGACCUCCCCGUCUACGAUCGCGGCGUCUGCAUCUCCCCCGAGGCCAUCGUCACCGACCUGCCGGAGGAUGUGAAGUGGACGGACUUCACGCAGGGUGUGAUGGUGCCGGAGAGACCCCCGGACCCCGACUGCAGGAGCCGCGGCCAAGAGCGAUGCAGGUGCAAAAAGACAAAGCCUACGCUGUCGACAUACCUGGCCAAGAACUACAGCUAUAUCAUUCAUGCUAAAGUAAAAAGCGUAGAAAGAGGGAACUGCAAUGAGAUAACGACCGUGGUUGAAGUCAAAGACAUACUGAAGUCUUCAAUGCCAAUUCCUCUGUCUCAAGUGCCUCUUCUUACAAACUCCUCCUGCCAGUGUCCACCUCUUCAGCCGAAGCAGGAUGUUCUCAUCAUGUGCUAUGAAUGGCGUUCAAGGUUAAUGCUUCUUGAUGGAUGUCUAGUUGAAAAGUGGAAGGAUCAACUAAACAAAAGAUUUAAGAGGUGGGAACAGAGACUGCAAGAACAAAAGCUGCGAACGGCCCGCAGUAAAAGCCAGAAUGCAGACCGCAGUGGUCGGACUGGAGCCCCAAAACCACCAACCAAGAACACCAACCCGCUAGUCAGCGGCCCCAAAAAGGCCAUUAAAAUAAGAAAUGGCCAGAAAGAAACCAACCCUAAAAAGGCAUGAAUGUGAAAUUUCCAAAGGGAAAGACUUAUCCUGCACGAUGAGGGGGCACGAUCUGGCUUGGUUGGCACAUUUUAUUAAUCCAGAACUCAUUGACUUAAAAACUCGUGGCAGUUUUUACAUAGCCAUUUUUGCUGCACUUUACUUUUAAAAGGUUUGCUUUUCCUUUCAAGCCACUGCAAGCCAUAGAGUGUAGGUUUGCACUAAUAUGUGGUAGACGUACCCAAGUCGACUGAAUUUGCUCAGAGCAUUGAGAAGCAUAGUUUACCAAUAAGCAUCUGGAUAUGCAUUAUGUGAUUACUUUUAUGUGUGUGCCAGAAAUAUGCUUACAGUGUUAGUAUUUGAUCUUGUGGGUUUGUGUAGCAAAAAUGUGUUGAAAGCACACGUUUAAUUUUUUAUUGUACUUCAGGCUGGCUUCUGUUGUUAUAAUUUCAAAUAUAUUUAAGCAUCUAAUUGAAAAAUCAGUAUUUUUUAAAAGGACAGAUUAAAGUGAAGCAGAUCUGUAGAAUUCUUAAAAAUAACACCAAUGUUUGCUGUAAUAUAGCUUUGUUAUGAAAACUGGAAUAGAAGCAUUAUUCUAAACAUAACGGACAGCUAUUGUACAGUAUUAAAGAUAGGGCUUCACGUGGCUCAGUGUUCAUUUGGAUAAUUUUUUUAUCAUUUGACACCGUAUUUCUAAACCUUUCUCUGAUACCAAAUAAAUAAAUGAAUAAAUAAA